GAGAGCACAAGCACAACAACGCUAUGCAAUUUGGUUGGAGAUGCUUCCGCUUCUUCCUUGCUCACAGCUUCUGGAACCACUGGUACCACGCAGGAACUAUCAGAUGGCAUGAUCAUUGGAGUUCAACAGCAGCUGGAUGCUCAAAAGGAGGGCAACGAUGUUGUCCUUCACAGUAGUGGCCAACUUGCACUAAAUAUAGACGGACAUAAUGUUGAAAGUGAUGCAAAAGAGCGUCAAGUUGUGCAACCCCCGAAGCAGGACUCAUCUCUCG